UUACGUCACUUCACUCACAUCACGAUCACACACAUUCCCGGAAUUAACAAGUUUCAGUAGUUUUUGUAACUUUGCUGAUCAGUUUGAAAGCGAAUUUCUUUCACCAUGAAACUGUUGUUGUUAACCAUUUUUGGUCUUUUCGCCAUAUCAAAUGCAUUUGAGAAUUCGGACAUUGUUUCGGCAAGAAUUGAGACCUGUAGAGGAUGUUCUUUAAAUCGUCUCCCUGAAGUAAAGCGGUUUGUGAUGGAUGACGCUCCUAAAUACGAACGAUUGGAGGUUAAGUUCAUAUCUGGGGCGCCGCCAGAGUUGGUGCUGCUCGGAGAAGGUGAUCGCGAGUUGGAGCGCCUACCUCUGUCACAACUCUCCCGAGAAGAAUGCAACAAACUUGUCGAAAGCCGAGGAUUUACACAGAAGUCAAAAGACAAAGAAUUGUAAAUAUGUUGUUAUUUGUGACCAUUUUUACUAUUUUGUGGUGUAAUUAUUUUUUUCUAAGAUAUUUCUUUACGUAAAAUUAUGUUACAUUCCUAUUCAUAUGUGCAUAAGUGAACAAAUUUGCAUUUAUAAUGUACAGCCCCCAUCCAUGAUAGUGCAGUAUUUUUAUAUUUUGUUUAACUUAGAUUGAAAAAAUAUAACACAUGAUAUUUGAGUUUUGUUUAUUCAGUUACAUUCAUCAUUUGAUACACAUUAUAUAGAGAUAAUUCAACACAUGUUUAGAAAUUUAAUCCUGUUUCACUUGUAGAUAUGGAAUGACUAAAUUUAUUUGGUUACCAUGUAGCAUUAGGUAUGCUAGAUAAUGCAAUACCAUGUAUAAUUAGUUUGUAGACCAUAUUGUACUUUACCAGAAUUAAAUACACUUUGAUGACAUUUUUAAUUAAAGUAAAUUAUUACUAACAGACCUGUA